AAGCCACUCGAAUCUCCGAUCUUAAUAUGACGAACUUACUUCUGUCAAUAAAUGAUCAAUUAUCCGUGCUGAGAGUGGAACAUGGAAAGCUAAUGGAUCGAGUUAUUAACGAAUCAGAUAUAAAAGCAAUUAGAGUGGAGAUAGAAGGUCAGAAAAUAGAUAAACUUGAUAAGGAGUCAAGUAUUGAACUUCUCAGAGUGGAGGUAGAACGGUUAGGAAAGCUAAUUGGUGGACUUGCUAAGAAAUCGGAUAUGCAAUCGAUUAGAGAGGAGCUUGACAGACUGAAGAAAGAUGGAGUUGAGAAGGAGUCUGAUCUUAGAGCGAAAAUCUCUCAGAAAGAAUCGGAAAUUCAGUCGCUUAAAACUGACAUUCAAUCUCUUAGAGUGUUGCUAGAAGGACAAAAGAAAACUCAACUUGAUAUGGAAUCGCGUUAUCAAUCCAUUAGAAUGGAGCAGGUAAAGUUGACAGAAGGACUUGUUAAAAAAACGGAUAAACAAGACUCCAGAUUUAAGCUACACAAUUGUACUGAGGUCAAGACAAGUGGGAUCUACAACAUACUUCUCUCAAAUAUAAACAGUCAACCAUUUAAAGUUGCCUGCGAUGCGGAAACUCGGGGAGGGGGAUGGACUAUCAUCUUGAGAAGAAUGGACGGGACUGUGGAGUUUAAUCGCAACUGGACUGAAUACCAAAAGGGAUUUGGGGAAGUGAGUGGAGAAUUCUUUUUGGGGCUAGACAAAAUCCAUGAGUUGACGGCGGAGAGAAAACAAGAGUUGCUUGUGAUUCUCGAGGACUUCGAAGGAGUUGAGGAAUUUGAGACAUACGAUGAAUUUGGAAUUGGCGACGAGAAUCAAGAAUAUGUAUUACACACUCUGGGAAAAGCCAAUGGAACUGCUGGUGAUAGCUUUUCAAGACAUAAAGACUCGAAAUUUUCAACAUUUGAUCGGGAUAAUGAUCCGAUGACAUCGCAACACUGUGCGGAAGAAUACACUGGCGGCUGGUGGUACUGUAACGGUUGUUACUCUAACAAGUUGACUGGCCAAUAUACAGAAGACACUGAAAACAAAGGCAUCCAUUGGAAAGAAUUUCGGGGUUUGGAGUACUCCCUUAAAAAAGCAGUUUUGAUGAUACGACCAAAAAGUAAAAACUAAGUCUUCAUAUUGGAUAAAAUGUCACGAUCUUUAUUCGAACAUGAAUAUUAGUAUUUUUUUUAAAUAAAAGCAAUUGUAAUUAUUUUAAUAUA